AUGGUGGACGAUGGUCACCAGAAGACUGCCUUGGGCGUGGUUGUGGCCUUCCCCGUACUCGGGGGAAUCGCAGUGCUGCUGCGAAUCUGGAGUCGCUACUUGACUCGGUCGCGCUUGGGAGCAGAUAUCAAGACAAACUAUGUGGGAAUUCAUAUCUGGGACAUCCCAAAAAAUUAUGACAUCAAGCUAGGACUCAUUUGGAACUUUGCGAACCAAGUAGUCUACAAUCCAUGCCUCACAAUGGUGAAGCUGUCUAUCCUCGUGUUUCUGCGUCGCCUCGAAUCCCAAUCGCGGAUCGUUAACCUUCUUAUAUGGUCCACCAUGUUCAUUACGGUCGCAUUAUUCAUUGCGGUCCUAGUUGUGGAUAUCUUUCAGUGCAGUCCGGUCGCCUACGUGUAUGACUUUUCCAUCUCAAACGGAUCCUGCAUCAAUCAGGGGGCGUUCUACGUGGCGACGGCGGCAGCCUACCUCUUCACCGACGUGCUUGUUCUGUCGAUUCCCAUCAUCAUUACCUGGGGUUUACACAUGCCGCUAAGGAGGAAAGUUGCUGUCUGCGUGGUGCUCUGCAUGGGCGCAGUAGCAACUGGGGUGGGAGUCUGGCGGAUAGUUCUCCUCGCUCAAGGCUUUUUUCCAACUCACCCCGUGUACGAUGCCACCUAUUCCAUUGGCUUCUGUAGCUCGGCAGUAGAGGUCCAUGUCGCCGUUCUGGCUGCAUGUGCCCCUUGUCUCAAGGCCAUUGCCAGUACCUACUUGCCUCGUCUGCUGGGCUCAUCACGUCGAGCCACCUACCCUUCAACCGGUCGCCAGUACAUUCCCAAUUCCACCGCAUCGUACUCUCGUCGAUCUCACGUCAAGAUUUCGGCUCCUCGUGGCGAUACCUCGGUCGCAUUCGAGAUGGUAACCACCCAGCCACCAAUGCUGGGUGUUGAAGAAGCCGCAGCCAAGAGAGAGAUGCGAAAAUACCAUCCCUACGCGGAAGCAGAUGAUACCAGCCUCAGUAGUGAGGACGGCGCACCGCCGAGAGGCAUUGUAAAGACUACGGCGAUCUCGGUCCGAUACACGGCGGACUCCAACUCGGAAAAUGGCGGGCAAGGGAUCAGAGAAGGAAGCGUAGAUCGCUUGGUUUAGACAGAAAUUCCAGUGAGAAUUGUAGCCGGUUGAGUGCUUGAACUUGAGGUUGCUACGAUCGCCUUCCCAGAUUAUAAGAUAUAUUACUCUCUCUACCUGUCGCAUUUGCUGUCUGCCUUGUCACAAACUUGUCUAUCGAUGCGUCGCCAUCAUCGGCUCGUAAUAACUACCAGCGACCCAGGUGUCAUUUGAUACAAAGAUUGCAG